GUGUGAGAGGAUGGCAAUGUUCUCGAUGUGGUUGCUCCCGAUCUGUCUCUGCCUGGUUCUUUGCAACGCGGGUGAUCAUAUGAAUUGCGCUGAACAUCGACCAGUGGCGCAAACGCUCUCAACAGCUGUAGGAAAUCCACCCUCCUCCAAUCAGGAGGGUAGACGAGAAAGAGGACGCAAGGAUGUAUGGACUGUGGAAAACACUGGAUUUUUUGUCUUGGAAGACGGGAACCAAGAUGCCACCGCUCGAACAGUCCCUGUCCUGCAAACAAGAAUGGCAAAUGCAAAUAAGGAAACAAAAAGGACGACAAGCAUGACAAGCACAUUUAUUCGAUCAGCAAGAAGCAAUCUUGGCGCAUCUAUAAAAAGAGCUAAAAGGUCGAUGACACGAAAUAACACUCAUGGCAGUUUUUCAGGGAGUGAAUCGGAUGGUUCCGUGGGAACGAAUAGUUCAAAGCAGAGGGAUAACGAGUCGAGGAAAUCACGGCUCGAUAAAACCAGAAGUAGUGUUAAGAAAAAAUUCAGUGGCGCGGUAACCGCUUUAAAGGGAAUUGCUCAUAUAGGUGGCGGCAGCAGGGACAAGGAUAGAAGUGUAUCGCGGAGUAACAGAUCCGACAGAGACGACAGCAGGAGCGAGGCCGGCAGCUUGGUGAGUCAAGAUUCAGACAUCAGCAGAUUCAUGAGGGACUCUUGCACUCUACCACACGGCCCCGGCGGGUUGCCCAAAGAACAGCAAAGGGAACUAAGAGCAGAGUUGAAAGGGGUGAGGAAUAAACUUUGUUCGCUCGACACCGAAGCAGGGCUCAGCGCUGUGGAUAAAGAUGCAAUCGCUCUGAAACUCGCCCAACUGGAGUUCAGAUUCUGUCCGCAAGCGGAGGGGUCCAGGCGAGAGGGCGAUUUCGCGAGAGAAUUCUUGGCCUCACAAGCUCAACCUCCGCCUUCACCUUCCCGUCCGCCUCAAGUUCCACCUUACCGCCCACCUUCGCCUCCACGUGGGACACCGACACCGGAAUCACCGUCAUGGACUUACGAGGAAGCAAAUUCUGUUAAGAUGAGGUUACAACAAUACAACUCGGAGCACCAUGGUGGCAAUCAAUCGCCAAAUAAAUCACCCAGGCGGUCGAGGUCCGGAUCCCCCACCAGGAGGCCGCGGGCAUCACCUCCGCGGGCAUCAUCGUCACCACCUCGGAAUUGGAAACCUGCCUCACCGCCGAGAGGACCAGCGGCGCAGAUACCCACGGAUUACCACGGACCGCCUCCCGAUGCUGUCACACCGGAAUCACCAGUAUCUAAUAACGUGGUAACAAAUAGGUGGAAAAGGAUGGCCUUGGAGCACUUUGCACAAACUCCUGGGGAGACAGAUGCAGAGGCUCAUGCCAAAUCAAGGGCUGUUUUUAUGGAAAUGCUGUGCCCAAGCCAUGCGGGCAACCCGGGCGAUGGCCCGCGCCAAGAGAUCCCCGCGGCCCCUCUUUCGUACUCAGCUCCCGGACCCGUGCUUGCGAGACCGGGCACUCCGGGCACCCCGCUCUCAGCGGAUUACAUGGAAGUAGGCGAGAGGGUCAAUCAUUAUUUGAGAUUGUUUCGGGAGGAGGAAGAGAAACAAAAUCGUCGGAGGGAUUCGCCGCCCCCGCCGUCCCCGCCGCCCCCGCCGCCGCGGCGGCCAGGGAGAUUAUUCACCUCCAAAGCACAGUAGGUAGAGCUUGAGAAACGGCUCCUAAGGUAUCUGUAAGCUAAAAAGUUAGAAAAAAAGGGGGGGAAACCAGUGAGAAGCAUUGAGAAGAAAAAAUCGCAAACGCAAAUCUUCAGCGAGAUAAAUUUUAGGAAGAGUAUUUGUUUGCCGUGAAGAGCAGUGGCGUGGCGUGAAUUG